AUAGGAGCGGCUUCAGGAUAUUUGCAUCGCCGCAUCAGCAUUCUGGUUCGACGCUGGGGGCCCUCUGUUCGUCCCUGGGGAGACAAGAGAUAGAAAUGGAUUCAAUUUGCCGAGCGUAGAACAAGGUGCAUGUGCAAUGAAGGGGAACAUCCAACAUUUUAGGCCCUGGAAAAUAGUCCAAAAUAAGCGCUCAAGGAGCGGGGAAUUAAAGCGGGAGGCAGCAUGAUCGGCGGAUAAGAUGAAGAAAAAUGAGUGAUGGCGAUUGUUCGUCUGAAGGGUUCUAAGGCAAUGUUCAGUUCGGAUACCUAACUGCGCUCCUAUUUUCACUAGUGCUGCAAGUCACUUCAAGAUCUUGCAAUUGGAGAGUAACUUAGCCUGAGCUGGAACCUUGGAAAUAUUGGCAACCACUCAGAAAUGACAUGACAUACGCUGCGUACGUGCAUAUACUCCGCGAUCUUUCUUCAGCAGCAACCGGGGAACGGUUCACCAGCUUCUUCUCCUGGAGUCCUGGUACGAUCCUGGGACCUGGAAAGCAAUGAGCAGCCUUUGUGACUUGUCAUUUCUCGUACCCCGACAGCUCCACCGCCCCGGCAGCCAGCCACAUUUGGCCUGCGCAGUGGCAAGAGGUUCCUGUACAUCUACAUGGGUGGGCUGUAUAGACUGUAUGAGUAAAUGAUCUACUCUUCAAGCGAUGUACUCGGCUACUGCCGCUCCAAUAUAUAUCUGCAGAACCGUCUCGUUGCCACACUGCGAGCGAAAUUGAGAUAUCAUUUGGAAUCAUAUCCGCGAGUUGGGCCUGAGGCCGACUAGGAGUCCCAAGCCGAAACACACGCGCUAACAACUUGUCGACGACACCUCGAGCAUAUUUGAGGCGCAAAGGUUAUUGGAAUUCGGUGCUCGCUGAUUCACGCCCUGACCUGACAUCAAAUUUGGCAUGCGGAUGGGCCCUGCCCGUUGGUGACUACUCGCAUAUUUAUGCCGCUAGAGUUGCUGCGGGACAAAGUAAUAGACCCAUUAAUAUUAUUAUUGUCUUCUCCCUCACCUCCGACCAUUUUGGCGCAUUUCCUGAACCACCAGACUAUUAGCCCGUUGGGGAGACGUUUGUGCAUCAUGAUGGGCAUCUCCCCUCGAGCCGCCGCUCGAGGCUUGCUGAUGGGACUAUUGAUUCGUUCUUACUUGUUAAUCCCAGUUUCUGCAGCACCAACCCUGGGCAAGAGGCCUAUCCUAUCCCCAGGCAUUGAUUUCUACGAAUCCCCAGCAUCGGUUUUUUCAGAUAACUUCGAGACAUGUUGUUUUUCCUCCUUCUCUUUGCGAAACGCCAUACUGUGUUUUCCCCUGAAUUGGUGUCUCCCUCCCACUAAAGCUCUUCUGUCGUCGCAGGUGUGCUUUUUUUUUGCGUCAGAAAUAUACGUCGUGCUUCCCACGUCCCAUUUAAGCGCUGCCAAAUGGGGUGGGGAGGGAGGAGUAAAAGAAGGAUAGUCAUCCACGGAUAUGUGUGCGGCACCGCACCGUGCAUGUAUUAGACACCUCAUACUCAUAUGCACUGCAUUUGGAUGGCGCACAGCAGUGCCAACAGAUGAACCCUGGCGGACUGGGACCUCCCAGAAGAUCGUCCCACCCAAAAGGAAAAAAAAAAAAGAAAGAAAAAGCAAAACGAGAUCAUCGGUCGAUUGAUCUAAGAUCGAUUUCAUCCCAUUAUUAUUCUGGUUCCAGAACACCAGUGGUACGACCCUGGUCUAAGCAAAUGGAUACCUGUUUUAAUCUUUAAUUCUUGUGAGGAUUUGGUCGGAACCUGCUGACUUCAUGAUCACUUCCCUUCCUGACGUCCGGCUACUGGUCGCUGCUGUUGCCAAACUUCUCUGGAGGGUGGAUUUGAGGGGUUGAAGCUUUUAUAUCCGUCAAAUCACAGACCAGGAAACUCUAACAAUCAGGGCAAGCCCCGACUCAGUCGAUUUACUUCCGUAUCUGCUAAGGUCUCUUGGCCGAUAACAGCAGUUCUUUGUCUUGGUUCUAACCUAAGGAAAAAGCAAAGAAACAGGCGAGCAUCAGCCAUAUCACCCACACUCUGGUCAAGGCUCAAAAUAGACUGACAGAUUCCAAUCUCGCUCGGGAGGACUAGCUUUUCAAAGUUGAUCAAGAUGGUUUUGUCAAAGUGCCUCUUUCAGCACCGCCUGGAAACUUGUGGAUAGGCGUGUUUUCUCUUUUUCUUUUCUUUUUAUUCUGAUGUUCAGCGAGAACUCCUUCCCCUUUGGCUCUUGCAUAACCAAUGACAGGCCACAUACUUGCCAGUGGUAUGGGCACUCCUCAUUCGUCCUCACCUCCGUUCCUGUCAGGCAUCGGGAACUGGUAACGCUGCAAAAAGCCUCCGCACGUAAUGGAAUUGUGAGGAUUAUGUCAAUGUGGCUGCAAAAACGGAUUCCCCCGAAUGAUAUGUGUUUGUGCAUCCAUCACGGGAACUAGAGUUGGAGAGGGUUGCCUUAUUUUUCGAAUAAUAUUUAGCUGCCUUUCAUUUGACGAUAAACGCACUGUGGCUGCUGCCAACCAUCCCGCCAUUCCCACCGAAUAGCCUUAUUUUGUAGUGGGUAUUGAAAUAUCCUGAUCUUGAAAGGGUUGGCUACCUGCAAUCCGCAAAAACACCGAAGACAGAACCCCUCCUUAGAAAGGAUCAUCUUUCGAGAGUACCGAUCUUUGAGCCCUUUUUUAUACAUUCCGUGGGGUAGCUCCGUCCUUCUGCGGCCAUUUCCUCACGUUUUGACAGACAUUUGCUUGUAUACCCUAUCCGUACUCGCUGACGUUUCGAAACAGCCAGCCUUGGCCACAGUGUAUCUCCCGUCAUACGAUUUUCUUUUAUGUGUUGCAUUGCCCUUCUCUUGAUUCUACUCUCUCCGCCUGGGACUCUCCUAUUGCGCUGCUAGCUCCGACCUGCUCUGCUUGUUCAUGAAAGCGUCUUAACCUCCCCGCCCCAGUUCUUCCCUCUGGAGUCACGGAUGGAAGGGCGCCAGCGUCGGAAACCGCAACACAUAUACUUAAGACCGUCCGAUAUUACUAUUUCGGAGCAAAUAUCGUGCAUUUUCUUUGCGACCGCUUGGAACUUCAUUCAUUGGGCUUGUUCUCGGGCCCAACAACUAGCAAACCGCCACCCACAGAGAAAAGUAUUUAGUAUAUAUAUGCGAUCAGAUUUGGGAUUCUUAGCUUCCGAAGGAUAAUCAUGCCGAUUUCACCAAGGCAACGAGAUGGCCGGAGGAAUUCUCGGUCAACGGAUGAAGAAUAUGUCGUAUUUCUCCAAGGUAUUCCGCCUCAAUGUCGAUGGCAGGAACUGAAAGAUCUUGUUCGCCAAACUGCUUUGCAUAUACGGCAGGCUGUAGUUUACGAUGAUAGCCACGGCCAUCCAACUGGGCUUGGUCAAAUAAUAGUUAAAAAUGAAGACGAAGCGUGGCGCACUUAUAACAGGCUGUCAACGAACGGAUGGAAUGGUAAUAGUUUGACUGUAACGCUUUCGCUCGCAAGUGCGCCGACCGAACCCAUUGCUGGCCCGACCAAGAGUCUACCAGUAAGCCGAAUACCAUAUGCUGGGGGUGGAUACUCGAGUCCUCCAAGAUGCGCACCGCUUGUCUCCUCCCCGACGAGCACUAUGCCCCCUGAGAACUUCCCGGCCCCCCAGCCUUACGCUACCUCAUUAGACUAUACACACUUCACCACUCCUGUAAACCUACACGCCCAGCAUCAGCAUCCCCUCGUCCCCCUUGUGACGGACCCGCUAGCCUACCACUUUCCAUUAAUUUACCCAAGCGAUGUUCAUUUCCCAAUGCAAACGACAAUUCUGGGUCAGCAAUUCGAACACUCACCAGCUACAAUCCACCGAUACUCCACAUCAUUGUGCAUCCAGCCCCUUUACGAACUUCAUAGUGCCAAUAUGCCUCGCCUAACUAACAACAAUAACAACAUUCGCAUGUUCCGCGAUGAUUCAGGUGUGCAUUCAUGCAGCAUUUUCAUCCAAAAUCUUACUAUCGACACCACCUGUCAGAAUUUGAAGGACCAUCUCCGUACGGCUGGUAUCGUGGAGCGAUGCGAUGUUCGUGAAGAUCGUAAAGGGGGAGGUCGCUACCCAAGAGCCUAUGCAAUUGCUACUUUUCGAACCAAGGAAGAGGCGCGGAGAGCUGUCACCCUACUUGACAAUUCGUAUUUCAAAGGGUCCAGAAUUCGAAUUCGAUUUGACCGAGAUUGUGGAGGAAGCAGGAGUGGUAGUGGUAAUUGGGUCGAUAUCAAUGGCCAUGGUGCGGUAUUUACACCAUAUCGAAUUGCUAGAAACAAAAAUUUCAAUGAGAAUGGAAAUGGAAAUGGUGGAAGUAGGAUGGAAACUGGGACGGCCGUCGGCAACGGGAAUGGCGUGAAGGCGGUGACAGCAGCGCCAAUAUCGACAGAUCUGAAGUCACCCACGGACUCGACCGACCUUUCUCCCAGAUCUAGUCAAGAUGGUUCCCCAAAGAGAAGCGAACCGCUGGUAGUCAAUGGGUCAAGGGUUGGAUUGAAAGCUGGACGAGCUAGCGGCGAGACGGUUGGCUCUGAAGGUAUGUCUUGCCUGCUUCUUAUGCUGCCUCCUUUCAAUCUAUUCCCCGGGAUUGAAUCCCAACCCUAUCCGUCACCCUCGAUUCUACAUCCGAAAAGUUAUUUAUCAUAUGCUAAUGCCCAUAUUUAAUCUAUCGUUGCACAUCCAGCUGACCUUUCCCGGAGAAUCCAGGAGAUUCGGCUGUAAAACGAGCCAGUUAAAUUUAUGAGAACAGGCGAUGAUCGACGUACCCACCACUGCUUUUGUCCUGUGAAGGACAUCAUCGAUGAGAAAUACACGAACUCCCUGAGAGAGAUCAUUCACUCGCUUGCAUACGGUUUUAGCAAAACCAUCUAUUUCUGAAAGAAGGGGGAACACGGGUUGAGGGUGAUUCAAUCAGCGCAGACAGGGGAGCAGGUCAGUUGGGAUGCGAGGAGAAGGUAAUCAACUGAUCGCGGAAUAUGGCAAAAUUCUAAUCUACAUUAUGAACACGAUAUGCCCUAGGAUGAGAUCUACUUGGACGAUCUUUCACUCUUAUUCAUUUAUCUUCCAUUUAAUGAACUCGCUUCGUCUCUAGGAUGGAAUAUAGGGGUUUAUUACUUUUUUUGCUUUCUUUUCUUCUUUUCCCAUCUUCACUUAUCAUCUUCUGCUUUUAUGAUUCAUCUAUUCCCCCAUUUUUUUUCAGUUCUGCAAUUCUAUUAUUUGUUCUAUUCUCUGAUAUCAUUUUCCCCUUAGUUUACAUCUAAGGAUAACAAGCACAAACCCUGAAUUUGCCAACCUGCCAUAGUCAGCCAUAGCAGCGCAAGCCAUUCAAAAUACCCCAACGCCCAUUUCAGAAACCAUUUAACCCUCCGUUGUUGUGUUUAGUAGCAUAAUUUAUACAUUUAACUUAGGAUAUCCACAAACCGACUUCCCUGUUUCAUCCUCAA